CCAGGCAAUUCAGGAAAAUUUUUCCUUUGCGGGUUGUUGCAAAGGUGGGAAAGAUAGAGAUUGUCCUAAAGAAAAAAGAGAAUACUUCUUGGCAAUGUCUUGGUCAUCCCCUGGAGAAUCAUAAUUCACUUAUUCCCAAGAAAGAUACAGGUACUGAAAUAGUGAAGCCAUAUACACCUGUAUCUGCUUCCUUACUCUCAGAGUUUAAGGAACCAGUUAUUCCCAAUAAUAAAUACAUCUACUUUCUGAUCAAAAUCUAUCCUGCUGGACUCUUUACACCAGAGCUUGAUCAUCUUCAGAUUGGAGAUUUUGUUUCCGUAAGCAAUCCUGAAGGCAAUUUUAAAAUAUCCCAGUUCCAAGAAUUGGAAGAUCUCUUUUUAUUGGCAGCUGGAACAGGCUUCACACCAAUGGUUAAAAUACUGAAUUAUGCUUUGACCAAUAUAUCCAGUCUCAGGAAGGUGAAGCUGAUGUUCUUCAAUAAAACAGAGGAUGAUAUAAUUUGGAGAAGCCAAUUGGAGAAAUUAGCAUUUAAAGAUAAAAGAUUUGAUGUUGAAUUUGUUCUCUCAAAACCUACUUCUGAAUGGAAUGGGAAAAGGGGACACAUUUCAUUAGAUCUUCUUUCUGAAUUUUUGAAAAGAAGUUCAGACAAAUCCAAAGUUCUCGUCUGCAUUUGUGGACCAAUGCCAUUUACAGAACAAGGAAUGAGGAUGCUGCAUGAUCUUAACUUUUCCAAAGAUGAGAUCCAUGGUUUUACUGCAUAAUGAAGAGCUGUCGUCUUUUACUCAACUGUUUUAUCUAAAUUUGUGAUGGCUUAGGGUUUUUUUAAGACAACAUUUUUGUAUAUACUAAGAGGUUAACCGGACUCCAGGCUUGUUUCUUAAAUGAAAUCAAAUGUUCCGUCACUAUGGAAAACCUGUUGACUUUAUUUUAUACCAUAACUUAUUUUACUACUGAUAUUUGACCUGGAAAGUCAAUCAUGACAACAAACACAUGCAGGUUGUUUGUUAUGAGUCACAAGGUUUCUUACCGUUUAAAUUGUCUCACUGUUCUACGAUGAGCUCUUGUGUUUUAUGACAUGAUAAAGUAAAUGAUCAUUUGGAUCAUGUUUCUAUGCUGUAAAAUGUCUUAGCAAUACAGACUAAAUUUUACAUUGCACUGUUAACUCAGGAAAUGAUCAUUUAUGUUAUUGUUAUUAAUAUUAAAACAUGGAAUGUUAUA